GCCGUACUUGUCAACAUUUGCUUUCAUCUUUCUCACAGGUAUAAAUCUGAGCUAAACAAGUGGUGGGGAAAACCUGACCAUGUCUUCUGACGUAUCAGAAUAUACCAUUGGUGGCGUAAAGAUUCUCUUUCCUUGCAAAGCUUACCCUUCCCAGCUUGCUAUGAUGAAUGCAAUUGUAAAGGGGUUAAAUUCUAGGCAACACUGUUUGCUGGAGAGCCCUACAGGAAGUGGUAAAAGUUUAGCCUUGCUUUGUUCUGCAUUGUCAUGGCAGCAAUCUUUAUAUGAGAAGUCAUUGGAUGAGUCUCCAUGUGAAAAGGAGUGCAAAAAGCCAGAGACCCCAUUGCCAUGUCUCUGUACAUGCCAUUCUCAGCCAGGAACUAAUGACACCAGUGCAGAUGUGAACCAAGGUGCUUCUUGUUCUUUCAGUAACUGUAAAACUGCAGGUUCCAUUGCGAGCAAGACGCCAUCCAGCAACAAAGAACACAACGCAAAAGCCACACUAUCUUCAAAAUUAUCUGCAAAGAAACGGGCAACUUUACAUGUAGAUGAAAAUGAUGAUUUUCAAGUAGACAGGAAAAGGAUUCGCUCAUUAGAAACUGAGCAGCAGAUGAGAAAACGUAAUAGUUUUGCAAAAGGAGUGCAGUUUGUUGAUGCUUUAGAAGUUUAUCAGCAGAAAAGAAAUGGGGAACUGAGUGUUCGUUUAGACAACGUUGCUUCCUUCUCUCAGAAAACGUCUCCUAUCCUUUGUACUCAGUGUUCCUGUUCUUCAAAAGAAAGUGGUAAAGAUGCUAGUAAUACAAAGAGGAAGGAAAAUGGAGGACAGCCACUCAUCCCCAAAAUAUAUUUUGGAACUCGAACACACAAGCAAAUAGCUCAGAUUACUAGAGAGCUGCGAAGGACGGCAUACUCUGGCACCCGUAUGACAAUUCUUUCUAGCCGGGAUCAUACUUGCAUUCAUCCGAGGGUGUCCAGUAGUGGCAACAGGAACGAAAAGUGUGUAGAGUUGCUGGAAGGAAAACAUGGCAGCUCCUGUUCUUAUUACCAUAGUGUCCAUAAAUUAAGUGAGCAACAUACACUACAGUUUGUACGUAAGACGUGUCAGGCUUGGGACAUAGAAGAACUUGUGAGCCUGGGAAAGAAACUGCGGGCAUGUCCCUAUUUUGCAGCUCGAGAGCUCAUGUCGGGGGCAGAUAUUGUAUUUUGUCCUUACAACUACCUCCUAGACCCCCAAAUAAGAGAGAGCAUGGAAAUUAAGCUAAAAGGCCAGGUAGUCAUUUUAGAUGAAGCCCACAAUAUUGAGGACUGUGCACGGGAGUCGGUCAGUUACAGCGUUACAGAAACCCAGCUGAGAUUUGCUCGUGAAGAACUAGAUUCCAUGGUCAACAACAACAUCAGACAGAAGGAUCAUGAGCCGCUGCGAGCUGUCUGUUGCAGUCUGGCAAACUGGUUACAGCAAACCUCCAGUCAGCUUAUAGAAAGAGGGUAUGAAACCUCCUGUAAAGUUUGGAAUGGAAAAGAAAUGCUCACCAUUUUGCAUUACAUGGGAAUAACCAAUGCUACAUUUCCCAUCUUACAGAAACAUUUUGCUGCCGUCCUUGAAAAGGAAGAAAAAGUAACAAAGUUCGAUGGUGGAGAAGAGCUUAUUGAGAUUCCCACUGUGAGUUCUGCCACUCAGUUUGUGCUAAAUGGACUAUUCAUGGUUCUUACGUAUCUUUUUAAAGAUAACAGCAGAUUUGCGGAUGACUACAGAGUUGCUUUACAACAAACAUAUGUUUGGACAAAUGAAACCCAACUUGAUAUUUCAGAUAGAAAUGGCUUCUUUCCACGACCAAAGCAUAAGCGGAGUUCGAGGCAGAAAACUCCAGUCCACAUGCUUCACUUUUGGUGCUUGAAUCCAGCUGUGGCCUUUUCAGACUUAAGUGAUAAUGUUAGGACAAUUGUCCUAACAUCGGGUACACUCUCUCCAAUGGACUCAUUUUCUUCAGAACUUGGUGUAAAAUUUUCCAUCCAGCUUGAGGCAAAUCAUGUUAUUUCGAACUCACAGGUUUGGGUUGGUACCAUUGGAGCAGGCCCCAGCGGUCGGAAGUUAUGUGCCACAUUCCAACAUGCAGAGACUUUUGAAUUCCAGGACGAAGUGGGAGCACUUCUGCUUUCAGUAUGUCAUACUGUUGGCCAAGGGGUUUUGUGCUUUCUGCCAUCUUACAAGCUGUUGGACAAAUUAAAAGAUCGCUGGAUACACACUGGCUUAUGGAGUAAUCUGGAGAUGGUUAAGACGGUCAUUGCAGAGCCUCAAGGAGGAGACAAGGGUGACUUUGAUGAAUUGCUGAAAAUAUACUAUGAUGCAAUAAAGCAUAAAGGCGGAAAAGAUGGAGCACUCCUCAUGGCUGUAUGCAGAGGGAAAGUUAGUGAAGGCCUGGAUUUCUCUGAUGAAAAUGCCCGUGCUGUUAUAACUAUAGGUAUCCCAUUUCCAAACGUGAAGGACCUCCAGGUUGAGCUGAAGAGGAAAUACAAUGACCAGCAUUCAAAGUUAAGAGGACUUUUACCAGGUAGCCAGUGGUAUGAAAUUCAAGCUUACAGAGCUCUCAACCAGGCUCUGGGCAGGUGUAUUCGACACAGGAAGGAUUGGGGUGCUCUUAUUUUAGUUGAUGACCGCUUCAGGAGUAAUCCUAAUAAAUAUAUAAGUGGAUUAUCAAAAUGGAUUCGUCAACAAAUCCAGCACCAUGACAAGUUUGGAAAUGCACUUGAAUCCUUGGGUGCAUUUGCUAAAAAAAAUCAGAAAGAAACUGAUUUAUCAUCCCAGUAUAAUAGUGAAUCUUUGCGUAUACCUUCAUGUUCAAAAGAGAUGCCAUCAGCUUCCUUAUUGGAGGCAACUCUUCAUCUGUCACCAUCUGUCUCUUUUGAAAGUCAGGUACAAAAUGUGAAGUUCCCAGAAGCUCAUUGCCCUGCAGCUGUCAACCCAAGUAAUCCUACAGCAUCCAGUCAGUCAAGUGACAUCAUGGCAACAAGGAAAAAAAGUGGUCAGACUUUUGGUGUAGAAAGUCCUUCUCACAAAACGCAACAGAAAGAAAAAAUGACAAACUCCAGACUAGACAAGAGAGAGAUUAAGAAGAGGAAUAGUUGGAGUAGUUCUGACCUGAUGAAAAGGUACUUCAGUAAGCCGUUGACUUCAACACCUCUUCCGGCAAACGAAAAUAAAUUCACGUCGAAAGCUAAGUGCAAUCAAGUAAAAAGCACUACUGAAACUAGUCAGCCAGUUGUUGAUGGGCAACGGUGCCAGUCAUCAUCACUUACAGAACUUAUACCAAGCAGACCAGCCUCAAAGUUGGAAAAAUGUCAUUCCCCAGCAAAAAAGACGGAGGCUGCAACAGCUAUGGGGAAUUCUGGUGGACAGAAACUUUCCAUAGAUCUAUGCACUGAGUUAUCUUCAGUAGAAGGGAAAGUUGAACCUUUAAAUGUAGAUACGGAAGCAGAAGAUGAGGAUGAUAGUAUCUAUUUCACACCUGAACUUUAUGAUGACAGACAAUCGGAGGAACAGGCAAACAAACUCUUAGGUCAAACAUGCCAUAACACUGGGAAUCAGAAUGAACAUGGAGUCAGCGUUGUAGCUGAAGAUCUUUUUGAUAUCAGUACUUCAAGUAUAGUAAGCACGGUUGGAGAGAUGAGACAUAAUGAUCCCUUGGGCUCAGGAUUUCAUGGAGUAAUGCAGAGUGACAAGAGUAUCACUAGUGCAGUUAAUGAUUUUGCAAACAUUUCUAGUGUAAGGGAAGUGGAGCAGAUAAUAUCUCAGGAAAUGGACACUAAGACAAAAAAAAGUAAACUUUCCAGAUCACGAAACCAAGGUGCGUGUCCUUUCCUGUUCAGUGAUACUAACCCAUAAUAUCAUGAUAUACAAGCAACAUUAAAAAUAAACUUCAUAUUUCUCGUAGGCUUUUUACCGAAUACGUAAGUCUCACUAGUAGGGAGACAGUAGAAUUAUAUUCUUAUUUUUAUCACUGUUAGCAUCAGCUUUGAUUUUUUUUGGUCAUUUUGUAUGCAAAUAACAGAGUAGUGGAUCUUUCUUUAGAUUUUAAGGUUAUUUUUCACAAUAUACAGCUAAGAGCCAAAUGUGAUGCAUGUCCCAAUAGCAUUCUACCAGUAAUUAUAGGGUAUGGGCAGUUUUCCAGUUGUAGGCUGAAUUAACUUGAUGCAAAACAAGCAAGGUAUUUAGUUCCCGAGAAAGCUGUAAGUGGAAACUUACCUACCUUUUAUACAGUGCUUGACCAAAUAAAUUGCUUGCAGUAGAUUUUGUAGCUCUUCAUUGUGUGUUUUGUUUUGAAGUAUCUUAAAUAUUUUCAUUUGUUAUAUUGAAUUAAAUCUGGCCCGCCUUCAGUGGUUUGGGCCAUUGUUAUUCCGAAAACCUGUACAAAGACCAAACCAAAUUUACACUUCAGAAAAUAAAAUAAUACAUUGCAGGAGACAUGUAAAGAACAUAGCCUUAGGAAUUAUUAUUUCACAGCUUUUAUGCUACAUAGUUUAACCUGGUGAAGUAAUGAUUUGGCAUUGAAUCAUCAGUGGCUUAAUAACAAAGGACAAAGAAGUAGCAAAGACUUUUUUUGUAAUAAAAUAGCAUGACUGAUGUUCAAGAAGAGACUGUUUUCAGUUUCAGUCACUGCUAUAUUAAUAAAUGCAGUGUCCCUGGAUUUCUUCCCCUUGUGUAUGGCUGUGAAAUUGGCAUUUAAAUGUUCUGUAUGUGGGUUGAAUCAGAAUUGUAAAUGAGUGAUUUCCCUGUGUUAUGAAACAAAAUACUGCUGUGAUAUCCAAUUGUACACAGCUGUGAAUUUGUUUGUAUCAGUCGUGAUGUAGACGGAAUCCUUUCUUUCCACAGUAAUCAUUGCUUUAUAAAAUGUGUUUUUUAUAUUUGAAGUAUGAUAAAAGUAUUGCAUUAUAUUAUUUGGUACUGUUCUGUAUUUUGGCUCAGAUUCUUGUGGCCUCAGUUGUAUCAGGUAAAGAUGAUACUUGUCUUACAAUUCAUACGAGAUUUUUAAUCAUCAAGGACUUACCAAUCUUUUGCUCUUCAUGGGACCUUGAGAAUUAGCUCAUCAAAAAGGUCUCGUGGAAUUUUCUCUAGAAUGUCAAAUGGAGAGAGUACUUUACCUUUUUGUGCUCAAGUCUAAAUAGAAUAUAAAACCUCU